AUGAGAUAUGCGUUGGCACUCCUCGUUCCACUGGGCUUGAUUGUCCUGCACCUCCUCGCUGCGCCCUAUACCAAGGUUGAGGAGUCGUUCCAUGUCCAGGCCGUGCAUGACAUCCUAGCUCAUGGUCUCCCAUGGGGAUUCAAUGAUCCAAACCUCAAUCGCACAAACUAUGAUCACUUUGCAUUUCCAGGCGCUGUACCUAGGAGUGCAGUGGGCGCCGCGUUUCUCGCCCUACUCUCCAAGCCAGUGAUCUUACUCAACGAUGCGAUCAAUCAACAGCUAUUAGCUCGAGGGAUCCUAGGUCUCCUCAACGCCACCGCCAUAGCAUACUAUGCAACCGGCCUCCGCCACACCUUUGGAAAGACAGUCGCAAUCUGGUACAUCCUCCUCCAAACCAGCCAAUUCCACCUAAUAUACUACGCCUCACGGCCACUGUCCAACAUGUUCGCCUUCCCCCUAACAACAGCAGCACUACGCCUACUCCUCCCAUCACCCAAAUCCACCACCACCAACAAAAAUAUAGGCAAAGCCCUAGCCCUCCUCACCUUCUCGGGGGUAAUCUUCCGCUCAGAACUAGCGCUGCUGGUCGCAACACAAACCCUCUUCGCCCUAACAACCCACAAAAUCACCCUGAAAACAACAAUCACCUCCGGCCUAAUAGGCGCUCUAUCAGCCUUGUCCCUAACACUCCUCCUAGACGGCUCCUUCUGGCAACGCUUCCCACUCUGGCCAGAACUCGAGGCUUUCCUAUUCAACGUGCUAGAUGGCAAAUCCUCUGAUUGGGGCACAGAGCCUUGGUCUUGGUAUUUCACAAACGCGCUCCCGCGCUUGCUUCUCAAUCCGCUUGUCUACAUACUCGCUAUACCAGUUGCGUUGCGACAACCUGCGACUCGGUUGUCUGCAUUUAGACUGCUUGUCCCUGAGCUUGUGUUUGUUGCGUUGUAUAGCUUCAUGCCGCAUAAGGAAUGGCGGUUUAUUGUUUACAUUAUUCCGUCUCUGACAGCUGCUGCGGCGCUUGGGGCGGGAUAUCUAUGGACGCAUCGGAGACGGUCGUUCUUUAUGUGCUGGGCUUCGAGGUUGUUGGCCCUUUCGGUUGUGUUGACUGCUUGUUUGUCGAGUUCUGUCUUGCUUCCUGCUUCCGCGGUUAAUUACCCUGGGGGGAGGGCGCUUGAUGCUUUGCAUUCUUAUCAUGCUAGAUCUGGAUUGGGGAUGGAAGGAGUGAAUGUCUAUCUGGGGAAUUUGGCUUGUCAGACUGGUGUUACUCGUUUUGUUCAAUUGCCUGAUGGAUCGGGGUGGAUUUAUGAUAAAACUGAGGAUGAGAUUGUUAAGUCUACUGGUGAGUUCUGGGAUCGGUUUGAUUAUGUUCUUGUUGAGGCUUCUGGUGAGAGUGGGUAUAUGGAUAGUGAUGAGAUGAGAUUAAGAGAGGCUUUGCCUUCUUCUUUGUGGGAGAUUGUUUAUGUUGCGGAUUCGUUUGCCGGUAUCUCUAUACUGAGACCUGGGAUCCCUGCUACGGGUACAACUGAGAAGCGGAUUCUGAGCAUUGUGGGUGGAUCUGGGGCUGUGAAUGUCUUUGAGAGUGUGCGUGAACGUGUGAGAGGGACUUUGUUACGUGGGUGGUGGGUUGAAGUUAAGAUGAAGCCGAGGGUUCAGGUGUUGAGGAGGGUUAGGGCGAUUAAAAGUUGA